UCAUUCUUAAGAAAUUCGAAAUGGUCAAAUAAACAAAGUACAUACACUACUUCAAGAGAUAAACGAAAGUUCUCCAAAACAGGGAAAAAAAAAAUUAUUAUGUAGCAAAUUGUCUUCAUCUUCCCUACAUUAAUUGUGUAGUAUCAGCCAACCAUUUUAAGCAUCCACGUCUAUAAGGCAUGGCACAAAAUUUCCCAUAGAUCUCUGGGAUUGAAAUCCGUCCCUGAUUGCGGAGUGCUUUGUUGUUGGCACAAGAGCAUCACAUAACACUCGCUCGUCCCUCACAAAGAGCAAUAAAUGUGGAGUCCAAGCGUAACAGAAGUUAUGGUGAUGUUAGAGUUCUUGGAUGUAGGUUUAAACACCGUCACUAAGGCAGCCAUGAGCGGUGGCAUGAGUCACUUUGUCCUUGUUGUCUACUCUAAUAUCCUUGCCAUCUUCUUCCUUGUUCCUUGUUCCUUCAUCUUCUAUAGCAGACAACGAAGUCGUCCCCAGCUCACGUGUUCCAUAGUAUAUAGAAUCUUCAUCCUUAGCCUGGUCAGUUGCUGCGGGCAGAUGUUUCACUAUAUUGGGAUAGAGUAUAGCUCUCCAACUCUGGCAUCGGCUAUGAUCGAUUUAACUCCAGGCUUUACCUUCAUACUUGCCAUAAUCUCCAGGAUGGAAAACCUGGACCUAAGAGUUCAAAGCAGUCAAGCCAAGUCCAUUGGAACUUUGGUUUUGAUGACAGGGGCACUAAUUGUGACUCUAUACAAAGGUUUGCCCAUUACAGUUGCUCCAUCAACUAAUAAGUUACUUAAGGAAAUUAUGCUAUCAUCUCAAUCAAAUUGGGUUCUAGGAGGCUUUUUUCUCGCACUUCACAGUGUUAUUCUGGCAUCGUACUACAUUGUCCAGACAUGGAUUAUUAGGGACUACCCCGCCGAGCUGAUGGUAACACUCAUUUGCUGCAUCUUUGUAAGCAUUCUGUCUGCCAUAGUCUCCCUGGUAGCAGAGAAAGAUGCAAAUGCUUGGAGACUGAAGCCUAAUAUCAAUUUGAUGGCAAUUGGGUAUUCGGCAGCUUUUGCGUUAUCACUUCGAUCCGUACUUCAUACAUGGGCAUUAAAGAAGAAGGGACCAGUCUAUGUUUCCAUGUUUAAGCCACUUGGAAUGGUCAUUGCAAUUGUGUCUGGAGUUGCAUUCCUGGGGGAUACCAUUUAUCUUGGAAGUUUGGUUGGAGCAGCUACAAUAGCUCUUGGCUUUUAUGCUGUGAUUUGGGGCCAAGCACAAGAGAAGCUUAUGGUGGAUGACAAUGAAAUUUGUAGCUUUAUUAAGUCUCCUCUCAAAAAGUUCUCUCCUGCAAAAUAA